AUGAAUUCUGCAGGAGGGUUAUUGGCGACUUUACAAGUGCGACCAAUUCUGAGAGAAAGAAUUAUUAAAGUUCAAGGUCAAGACCCUGAAUUGAGGAAGAUUAUUGAUAAGAGUCGUAAAGGGGAAGAAACCAAAUUCACACUUCGAGAUGGAGUUCUGACACUAAAUGAAAGACUUUGUGUUCCAAAUGUGGACGAAUUGUUAAGGGAGAUUUUGGAAGAAGCUCAUUCCUCUCCUUAUGCAAUGGAUCCUGGAACUACAAAAACGUACUGUUCGUUGAGAUUUCAUUAUUGGUGGCCAAGGAUGAAGAAAGAAGUGGCUGAACAUGUCUUGACGUGUCUGGUAUAUCAGAAAGUGAAAGCGGAGCAUCAAGCCUCAGCGGGAAAAUUGCAACCACUGUCCAUUCCAGAAUGGAAAUGGGAAAAGGUUACCAUGGACUUUGUCUAUGGUCUACCUAGGACUCAGAAGAAGAACGACGCCAUUUGGGUUAUUGUGGACCGAUUGACAAAGUCGGCUCACUUUAUACCCAUUAGAUGGGGUUGUUCGCUAGAGUUACUGACAAAGAAGUAUGUGGAGGAAAUAGUGAGACUACAUGGAGUACCAGUAUCCAUCGUCUCUGACAGAGAUCCGAGGUUCACUUCUCGAUUCUGGAAGAGUUUACAAGAAGCACUAGGUACUCGUCUGAACUUUUCAACCGCUUUUCAUCCCCAGACCGAUGGACAAUCUGAGCGAACAAUCCUCACUCUUGAGGAAAUGUUGCGAGCUUGUGUACUGGAUUUCCAAGGUUCUUGGGAUGAACAUUUGCCAUUGAUUGAAUUUGCUUAUAACAACCAGUACCAUAGUAGUAUUGGUAUGGCUCCAUAUGAAGCUCUAUAUGGAAGGAAAUGCAGAUCCCCAGUGUGGUGGGAUGAGGAAGGGUUAAGGCAAUUGGAGGGACCUGAAAUCGUUCAGGUAACAGUGGAUAAGAUUAAAGUGAUGAGAAGCCGGUUGAAGGCCACACAAAACCGGCAAAAGAGCUAUGCUGAUAUUCACCGAAGAGAGAUGGAAUUUCAUAGUGGAGAGAAAGUAUUUUUGAAAGUGUCUCCUUGGAGAGGUUUUGAGAUUCCAGAAGAAGGGUAA